AUGGACAGUGAAGAAAUCCCAUCAGUACCUUCUACUCCAGCAACACCAGGUACUCCUGGUGCUCCUCUUUUUGGUGGAUUCAAAUCAGAAAGAAAUGGAAAUGGUAGAAGCAACUCAUUACUCAAGAGUUUGAAAUGUUUUAGUGUCAAAGAAUGGACUUUGGAAGAUGGUGCCUUGCCUCAAGUCUCUUGCUCUUUGCCACCCCCUCCCGUCCCUCUCGCCAAAAAGGUUGGAGCAGAGUUUAUAGGCACAUAUAUUUUAAUGUUUGCUGGAAUAGCCACUGCAAUUGUGAACCAAGAGACACAUAAUUCAGAGACACUAAUUGGCUGUGCCGGAGCUACUGGACUUGCUGUCAUGAUCAUAAUUUUAUCAACCGGUCACAUUUCUGGUGCUCAUCUCAAUCCUGCUGUCACCAUUUCAUUCGCUGCAUUAAAGCACUUUCCAUGGAAAAAUGUGCCUUUGUAUAUUGGUGCACAAGUUUUGGCUUCAAUAUGUGCUGCUUUUAGUCUGAAAGGAGUUUUUCAUCCAUUCAUGAAUGGUGGAGUCACCGUUCCUUCAGUUGAAUAUGGCCCAGCUUUUGCUUUAGAGUUCAUUAUCAGCUUUAAUCUCAUGUUUGUUGUCACUGCGGUUGCAACCGACACAAGAGCUGUGGGAGAGCUUGCCGGAAUUGCGGUGGGAGCCACCGUCAUGCUCAACAUACUCAUUGCUGGGCCUGCAACUGGAGGUUCAAUGAAUCCAGUGAGAACAUUGGGGCCAGCAAUUGCUGCAAACAACUACAAAGGCAUAUGGCUAUAUAUCAUAGCUCCUAUUCUUGGAGCUUUAGCUGGGGCAGGUGCCUAUACUGCUGUCAAACUUCCAGAUGAAGAUUUUAACUCUGAAGUAAAAGCAUCUUCUGCCCCUGGAAGCUUUAGAAGAUGA